AUGUGGCUCCUGCUGCUGCUCGAGGCACUCGGAAGUGUGUGAUUUGUCGGGUGUCGUUGCAGAUUGCUGACACGUUUGGCCGUCCUUAAUUUUGCCCGGAGAUCCAUUUUCUUUGGAAAUUUCUUCAAUCCCCGUUCUGAUAGCUAUUCAGUGAGCUCUACUUGCUGCAGUGUUUAUAGCGAACGUCCGGGAGGCUUCUUCAACGGCUUGUUUGUGUGUGCCAAAAAAAUCGUUACAAUGAAAUAGGCUUGGGCAAACAUGGUUUGUGGAAAAAGGCAGUUGAAGUUGGUAUUUAAUGAGGUUCCCUUCACUGCACAGCCAAUUGUGAGCUAAGUUUAAGUGAUUUACCGUGCGCCGGUGCAACAAGUAACUAGAAAAUAUUAUCUUGAAAUUGUGGUGCUCGGUGGAAAGGUUGACGAGUGAUAUCGUGGCAUUGUUAAAGCAUUCCAUCGUUCGAUGUGGUUAAUCGUUAGCAAACUCCCGAUGGUAUCAUAAAGUAUACCUCUGCACAAAACAGACCUGUUCCGUACCCGAAUCAACUCACUCGCAGGAGGCUGAGAAGUGAACCUCAGCAAUUCCAGCGUGCAGCAAAACAGGCAAAACCUAACGAGAGCCACACGUGUGUGUGCCCACUACUUGACAUCGAUAGCUUGAAGCUACCAAGUUCCUGGCCUUGAUUUUAUCAUUUGACCGAACGCGUCACUUUGUUGCUUCGAGGAUCAGCAAAUUUAUUUCGCCAAAGUGCCAUACGCGCAGAAAUUGCAGCAUCAAAUUCUACUUCACCUAUUGCUGUAUUGCACAGCAACAAGGGCGCGCAUUGCAGCGCAGGGCAUUUAGUUGGAGGAAAGAGUGGAAAGUUGGAGUCAAAAGCGAGGGCUUGAUAACGUAACGUUGCUGCUUCAAAUGUGAUAAAUAAGCAACAAACGAACGGCAGCAGCUGAUUGCCAGCAGUUUUUUGUUUCAACUUCUUCACCAAUUCUUACCUCAGCAAAAGACACGACCUGUCUACUCCUCGCCAGUGUCCCGACCCUUAGCCGAAAAGGGGGAAAGGCUACCAACAGUCCGUUAGAAUAGAUUGAGAAUGGGUAAUUCCAACUCAUCACACGAACCCCUAGAACGCGGGUUUACCCGUGGAACUUAUGGAGAUGUUAAGAAUACGAAGUCAGCUUCGUUCCGACAGAGCAAACGAUCGCCGAAGAAGAUGGAUCGGUUGCGAAAAUCUUUCCGCGAUUCGUUCCGGCGGCGCAAGGAUCGCGUGCCUGAGGCGGCCAAACCGCACCAGUGGCAAUCGGACGAGCAGGCCGUCCGGUCCGCCACCUGUACCUUUGCGGUCAAAUAUUUGGGCUGCGUGGAGGUGUUCGAAUCUCGUGGCAUGCAGGUGUGCGAGGAGGCACUGAAGGUGUUACGGAACUCCCGGAGACGUGCAAUAAGGGCCCAGCUGCAUGUGAGCGGGGACGGGCUACGGGUGGUCGAGGACGAUACGAAAGGGCUGAUCGUGGACCAGACGAUCGAGAAGGUUUCGUUCUGUGCGCCGGAUCGCAACCACGAGCGGGGCUUCAGCUACAUCUGCCGCGAUGGCACGACGCGUCGCUGGAUGUGCCAUGGCUUUCUGGCCACCAAAGAUUCCGGCGAGCGGCUGUCGCAUGCGGUAGGUUGCGCCUUUGCCGUCUGCCUCGAACGGAAGCAGCGACGCGACAAGGAAUGCGGCGUCACAAUGACGUUCGACAUGAAAAAUUCCACGUUCACCCGUACCGGCUCGUUCCGGCAGCAGACGAUGACGGAGCGGCUUGCGAGUGGUGGCGAUACGGCGGUUGUGGCGCCCCAGCAGCAGAACAACAACAAUGCUCCGAAACCGUACAAUCCGUUCGCGAUCGAGCGACCGCACGCGACGCCCUCGAUGCUGGAACGUCAGGGUAGCUUCCGUGGGUUCACGCAGAUCGGUUCGGCGUCGCCGUUCAAGCGCCAGAUGUCGCUCCGAAUCAACGAUCUUCCGUCCAACGCCGAGCGGCAGCGUGCAUUCCUCGAACCGGGUACACCGCAGCGCACGACCGUAUCGCCGAUCCCGGAGGUGUCCCCGCAGCCCACGGACACCGUCAGUCAGCUGUGCCAGGAGCUAAGCCAGGGUCUUUCGCUGCUGACCAAGAACGAUGCGGACGAUUUUUAUCUCAACAAAGAGCUGCACCUUAAGUCGAUGGUGUCCUCCACCACUGCGAGCAUCACUUCCAACGCGAUGGCGUCGACCGUUACGAGCGUAAGUGCGGCGUCGGCGAUUUCCGGCAAUGGCUACGUGCCCCAGGCGGCAGGCCCUCCUACCACCGCCACCGUCCUGCCAACGCUGUCCGUCGGCCCGAUCAUUCCACCACGAUCUCUUUCGCCGCUCAACAACAAACAGCAAACACUGGACCUGUCCGCCCUCGGCGGUGCCAACCACAGUGGCGGCAGUAGUGUGAGCAACAACACGACGCUCAGUGCGGGCGGCAGUAGCAGUGCGACGACGGCGGAACCUCCUUCCACCGUGACCGUGGCCACAUCGUCCAACGUAGUCGUUCCGAUAGAAACGGCGUCUCCACUGCCGAACCCGGAACAAUGGCUCGGGCAGAUCGUGAAGAAUGCGUCCCCGUCGCCGCGGCGCGCACCGUCGCUGCACAACCGGGCCAAGUCGUUGAACAACGCGGGCGAUCCGUUCGAUGCCGAGUGGGUAUCGGACGUGGCGAAACCGGAGAUCCACAGCACGAACCCGUUCAUAUCGCCCCCGAAACCGCCGGCGCAAACGUUUCAGGUGCAUCUGUAAUGCUGUUAACGUUCAUCCUGUGCGGUGAACGGAGUGUGGAAGCGACAAACAUUCCUUCCAUCGUUUCCUGGUGCUUCGAGGGUUUAAUAAUUUUAGCGGGGAAGAACCGAAAAAAAAAUCGUGGUAGCUAAUCGUGUUUGAUUUAUUUGAUUGUUGUUAUCAUGCUUGUCCGGUUGUGGCGCGCGAUGAUGCCGGAAGCGCGAGGGAACAUACGCGGACGUGAACGCUCGUCGGGAGUGAAGCGGAGUUUUCUUUUUUGUUGAAUUUAGCUGUAUUUCGGGGAAUUUAGAACUAUUACUUACGGGAAGCCGUACUAGUACUUACAUGUAGUUACGAACGAACGGAACAUUCUCAAGAGCAGCAUUUUAUUGUAUAAUUUUCCCCAAAACAACCCCCCAAGCCAAGCCAAGCGAGAAGCGUGGUUUAGUAAAAAUGUAUUAAACUUUUCCACCUCCCAAAAAACCCCCCCAGAGUGUAUGGAGUGUUACUUUAAAACCCAUGUUUGUAUGAUACUAUCCUAGCCCCAUUCCUGUUGAAAAAGUCAAAUCAUUUACCAGUUGAGUAUUCGUUACACGUGAAUUCGUUUGGAGUUGCUGCGCCGUGGCUUCCUAACGCCGGGGAGGAGGAGGAGGAGAAGGUGAUGAAACACAUAUAACUAUUCCGUUGUUAGCUGGUGGUGUGUCGACACUGUAGAUGAAAUUAAUAUUAUAUACCCCAUUGAGGAAGAUGAUUAUGGUACACACCACUCUCCCCCGGAAUGGCGAGGCAAGUUAGCAAUGUUAGCAAUGUUAGUGGCCUGUCCGCGUCCAUUCGUUGGCGGACCAAACAUACUUAAAACCUACCGUAGCGGCAGCAUAAUCACCCAGCUCUACCCAACACUAGUACUACCGCUAUUACCUACCGACUUCUAUAUCUACCAUUAUUCUAGGCGAAAAAGCAACACAAAGCUACUAUUAACCCCCCCCUCGUCGAGAACAAAUGAAGAAAAAUAAAACGAUCACACGCGGCUUAUGAAGCUUUACCUGUAGUAUAUCUGUCUUAUGCACUAUCGUUUUCGAUGUAGGCAGUCGUAGUAGCAGUAAGUAGUAGGAAAAUAGUAGUGUUCGUUCCCCCCGUGGAAAGGGAAUGAACGGGAAAGCUUAGCGCGAAAAUGGCAGCAAAUCGGAUAGCCUGAAGCCAAGAAGAUGAGACGAAACGAUAUUUGAUGGCAUCGUUUUUUGUUUUUUACGUGCAAUGGUUAAAAAAUAAUACUGCACAAAAACACCGACGAAAAUAGGGUUUACAUACAAUAUCACUCCCCAUCCGGUACAUAAUGCGAAGAAGAAACGAUGCUAAUUGUUCGAUCGUACUUCAGACCGACGCGAUUCGGUUCGCAUAUUUUAUCUAACCACAUGCCCAACAGCGAUAAUUGCAAGAUCGUCGCUAAAGCGCUAUUCGCAGCACACACCACGGUGGAUAAUGCACGAAGAUUCAUGCUUCAACCGUAUGUGCUGCAUAUGAAGAUCAAGUUAAGGAACAACAAAAAAAAGUAUGGAAUAAACCGUAUUGUGAUUACUAAUAUAUACAUCUGUAGAAUUAAAUAUAAGGUGACGAAUCAAAGAAAAAAAAAUUAAAUCAAAUGAAGCAAACAUAUUGGCGAACCAAAUUCUAUUGUAUUACGAAAGAAGCAUAGGUGCACGCGAAUCCGUGUCGGGACUUUAUUGUAAAU